AUGAGGAGCCUCAAGGCGCAUCAACCUUAUCACCGGGUUUUACUUCUUCACACCCGCGGGACUGACCGGAGAGAAGUGAGAGCAUGGCUCCUCCGCAACAAAGGGAAACUCACAGGCGGAAAGUUUGAAGAAUUACGCAUCAGUGGGAAAGCGGACCGUGAGGAGAUCCAGAGGAGGAACCCGCACGGAGGAGCGAUGCGCUGCGGUCACCGGGACUUGUGGUUCCUCUUGUGGAGUUUCAACCUGCUGCUGCCGGUGCUUCCUCUCCGGGUGCACCUCAGCGAGGAUGCGGCCGCCGGCACGCUGCUGGCCGGCGGCGCACGGCGCGCACGGUGCGUCCUGGACCAGGUCCUCCUGCCCAAGUUCUCCCAGAGGUUCCUGGAGACGGACCCGGACGCGGGCAGCGUGGUCGUGUCGGGCUCGAUCCAGUGCUCCACGCUGCCCUCCAACCCCUUCACCGUGUACACCGUGGAGGACUGCACGGACUCCGGCUUCAGGCACCUCCUCACCAGCCUGUACGAGGUGCACGUUCACGGUAGGAACUGUUCCAACAAGCGUAGAGAGAAACCCCAGUGGGACAUGGAGGUGCUGAGUCUGUUCAGCUCCCACAGCCACCACCGCCCGGACUGCCACCCAGCCGGCUCGGCUCUGCUCCCAGUGGGGGGUCUGCUGCCCGGCUCCCCAGCCCGAUGCAAAGUCACCCACAGCCGGGACUUCUACUUCUCUGAGGGGGGCUUGUUUUUGUCUGAGACUCUGUGCUGGAGGCAGGACACCCUCCUGGAGCUGGACCUGGUCUGUGACGUUCUCACUGGGACAGGGGUGAACGCUAAAGUCAGCCCCAUCACCACCCACUGGCGUGUGGGCCAGGGUCCCUUCAGGCAGGCCCACCUUGGGAAGCUGUUAGAGAAGGCAGCUCAGUCUGAUUCAGGGAUCGUGAGCAGGAGGAGGAGAAGCAUCAACAGCAGCCCCCAGUUCCAGCCCCCCAUGUACCAAGUGGCUGUGGCAGAGAACAGGCCUGCUGGGACUCCUGUUGUUGUUUUGAAAGCCCUGGAUGUGGAUGAGGGGGAGGCGGGCAGGCUGGAGUACUUCAUAGAGGCUCUCUUUGAUAGCCGGUCCAACAACCUCUUUGCCGUGGACCCGGCCAACGGCACCGUGUCCACAGUGGAGGUGCUGGACCGGGAGACAAAAGACACCCAUGUGUUCCGUGUGACCGCGGUGGACCACGGCACCCCCCGGCGUACGGCCAUGGCCACGCUCACUGUGACAGUCAGUGACACCAACGAUCACGACCCUGUGUUUGAGCAGCAGGACUAUAAGGAAAGCAUCCGGGAGAAUUUAGAGAUAGGUUACGAAGUGUUGACUGUGAGGGCCACUGACGGAGAUGCACCUGUCAAUGGCAACAUCCUCUACCACUUCCUCAACAGCAACGGGUCCAAUGACGUGUUUGAGAUCGAUUCGAGGUCGGGUGUAAUCCGCACCAAAGGCCUGGUGGACAGGGAGCAGGUGGGCGCUUACAUGUUGGUAGUUGAUGCAAAUGACCAAGGUCGUGACCCCGGGCCCCGCAAUGCCACAGCAACAGUUUACAUAGUGGUAGAGGACGAUAACGAUAACGCUCCCCAGUUCAGUGAGAAACGCUAUGUGGUCCAGGUGCCCGAGGACAUGGCGCCCAACACGGAGAUCCUGCAGGUCACCGCCACUGACCAGGACCGAGGGAGCAACGCCGUGGUUCACUUCAGCAUCAUGAGCGGAAACACCAGGGGUCAGUUCUACAUUGACGCACAGACGGGGAAGAUCGACCUGGUGAGUCACUUGGAUUAUGAGGCAAACAAAGAAUACACUCUGAGAAUUCGAGCUCAGGACGGAGGACGCCCUCCUCUGUCCAACAUCAGCGGCCUGGUGACGGUGCAGGUGCUGGACGUCAAUGACAACGCCCCCAUUUUUGUCAGCACCCCCUUCCAGGCCACCGUGCUGGAGAACGUGCCGCUGGGCUACUCCAUCAUCCACAUCCAAGCGGUGGAUGCAGACUCGGGAGAAAACUCCAGGCUGGAAUAUCGGCUCACUGACACCACACCAAACUUCCCCUUCAGCAUCAACAACGGCACCGGGUGGAUCGUAGUGGCGGCCGAGCUGGACAGGGAGAGUGUCGAUUUUUACAACUUUGGCGUGGAGGCGAGAGAUCAAGGCUACCCCGUCAUGUCCUCGUCAGCCAGCAUUAGCAUGACCAUCCUGGACGUCAAUGACAACAACCCGGAGUUCACUCAAAAGGCCUAUUACAUGCGACUUAACGAGGAUGCCUCUGUGGGGACCAGUGUGGUGACGGUGUCAGCUGUGGACCAGGACAUCAACAGUGUGGUGACCUAUCAGAUAUCCAGUGGUAACACCCGCAACAGAUUCUCCAUCACGAGUCAGAGCGGAGGAGGGCUCGUCACCCUGGCGCUGCCUUUAGACUACAAACUGGAACGGCAGUACGUCCUCACUGUCACGGCCAGCGAUGGCACUCUCUACGACACCAGUAAAGUGUUUGUUAACGUCACAGACGCCAACACACACAGGCCCGUGUUCCAGAGCUCGCAUUACACUGUCAACAUCAACGAGGACAGGCCGGUGGGCACCACUGUCGUCGUCAUCAGCGCCACAGACGAGGACACUGGGGAGAACGCACGCAUCACCUACUUCAUGGACGACAGCAUCCCUCAGUUUGACAUCGACGCAGACACGGGAGCCGUCACCACCCAGAUGGAGCUGGACUACGAGGACCAGGUCUCCUACACCCUUGCCAUCACCGCUCGGGAUAAUGGCAUCCCGCAGAAGUCGGACACCACCUACCUGGAGAUCCUGGUGAACGACGUCAACGACAACUCUCCGCGCUUCCUCCGAGACCACUAUGUGGGUUCUGUGAUGGAGGACGUGCCGGUGUUCACCAGUGUGGUGCAGGUGUCCGCCAUCGACCGAGACUCUGGGCUCAACGGCCGCGUCUUCUACACCUUCCAGGGCGGGGAGGACGGCGAUGGAGACUUCAUCAUUGAGUCCACCUCCGGCAUAGUUCGCACGCUGCGCAGGUUAGACCGAGAGAAUGUGCCUAUUUACAGCCUGCAGGCGUUCGCUGUGGAUAAAGGUGUUCCUGCUCUGAGAACAGCAGUAAACAUUCAAGUAACAAUCCUAGAUGUGAACGACAACCCCCCUGUGUUUGAGAAAGAUGAGUUUGACAUCAUGGUGGAAGAAAACAGCCCCAUAGGCGUCGUGGUUGCACACAUAUCAGCCACAGAUCCAGAUGAAGGCAGUAAUGCACAGAUCAUGUACCAGAUAGUGGAGGGAAACAUCCCAGAGAUUUUCCAACUGGACAUCUUCUCCGGAGAACUGACCGCAUUGAUCGAUCUGGACUACGAGAUCAGAUCGGAGUAUGUCAUCGUGGUGCAGGCCACCUCCGCCCCCCUGGUGAGCCGCGCCACCAUCCACAUCAAACUGGUGGACAAGAACGACAACAUGCCCAUGCUGAAAAACUUCCAGAUAAUCUUCAACAACUACGUGACGGACAAAUCCAGCAGCUUCCCCACGGGGGUGAUCGGCCGCAUCCCGGCCCACGACCCCGACGUCUCGGACCAGCUCCACUACAGCUUCGAGGUGGGGAACGAGCUGAACCUGGUCCUCCUGAACCAGAGCACGGGGGAGAUCCAGCUGAGCCAGGCCCUGGAUAACAACCGGCCCCUGGAGGCCUCCAUGAGGAUCUCUGUGUCAGAUGGUGUCCACUCAGUGUCGGCCCAGUGUCUUCUCCAAGUCACCAUCAUCACUGAUGAGAUGCUGUCCAACAGUAUCACGCUGCGACUGGCCAACACCUCCCAGGAGCACUUCCUCUCCCUGCUGCUCGCUCAGUUUCUUGACGGUGUUGCCCGCGUCCUGUGUGCCGCCCCCGAAGACGUCGUCAUCUUCAACAUCCAAGACGACACUGACGUCAGCGCUCGCAUCCUCAACGUCAGCCUGUCCGUGGCCGUGCCCGUGUUUGGUGAGGGACCGCAGCGGCCUGGAGGCCUCGGCCUGGGCGCCGACGGGCCUGGACGAGGGGUUGAAAGCGGAGGUGGCGAGUUUUUCGGCUCAGAAGAGCUCCAGGAGAGGCUGUAUUUGAACCGCAGCCUCCUCGCCCAGAUCUCCUCCCAGGAAGUUCUCCCCUUCGACGACAACAUCUGCCUGCGAGAGCCGUGCGAGAACUACAUGAAGUGUGUGUCCGUGCUGAAGUUCGACAGCCUGGCCCCGUUUGUUGCCUCUGACACCAUCCUGUUCAGACCCAUCCACCCCAUCGCCGGCCUGCGCUGCCGCUGUCCCACCGGGUUCACGGGAGACUACUGCGAGACGGAGAUCGACCUCUGCUACUCGAAGCCCUGCGGAGCCCACGGAGUGUGUCGGAGCAGAGAGGGAGGCUACACCUGCGAGUGCUUUGAGGACUACACAGGAGAGCACUGUGAGCUGUCGUCCCGCUCCGGCCGCUGCGCCGCGGGAGUCUGCAAGAACGGCGGCUCCUGCGUCAACCUACUCAUCGGAGGGUUUAAGUGCGACUGUCCGCCGGGCGGCUUCGAGAAGCCCUACUGUGAGAUGACCACGCGCAACUUCCCCCCGCACUCCUUCCUGACCUUCAAGGGCCUCCGCCAGCGCUUUCACUUCACCCUGUCUCUCACAUUUGCCACCAAAGAGCAAAACGGUUUGUUGCUCUACAACGGCCGCUUCAACGAGAAGCAUGACUUCAUCGCCAUGGAGAUCAUCAAUGAGCAGAUUCAGCUCACCUUCUCUGCAGGUGAAACCAAGACUACAGUGUCCCCCUACAUCCUGGGAGGCGUCAGUGACGGCCUGUGGCACGUGGUGGACGUCCACUACUACAACAAGCCGAUCUUAAACCAGGCCGGCCUCCCGCAGGGCCCCUCGGACCAGAAGGUCGUCAUAGUGACGGUGGACAACUGCGACACCUCUGUGGCCCUGAGGUUCGGUCAAAUGAUCGGAAACUACACCUGCUCUGCUCAGGGCAGCCAAUCGGGAUCCAAAAAAUCUUUGGACCUGACCGGCCCCCUGCUCCUCGGAGGAGUCCCCAAACUUCCAGAAGAUUUCCCAGUUCGCAACCAUCAGUUUGUGGGCUGCAUGAAGAACCUGCGGAUCGACAACCAGCACGUGGACAUGGCCAGCUUCAUCGCCAACAACGGCACUCUGCCAGGAUGCUCAGCCAAAAGACAUUUCUGCAACAACAACCCGUGUCUGAACGGAGGAACCUGCGUGAACCUGUGGGGCUCCUUCAGCUGCGAUUGCCAACUUGGAUUCGGAGGACAGAACUGCGAACGAGUCAUGGCCAGCCCGCUACGUUUCCUGGGCAACAGCCUGUUGCAGUGGAGCAACCUGGCGGCGGCGUCCGUCCCCUGGCAUGUGGAGCUCAUGUUCCGCACACGUCAGGCCAGCACCACUCUGCUCCACAUCUCGGCUGGCCUGCAGCACAACCUCACUCUACAGCUGCGCUGGGGGAGUAUGUUGAUGGGGCUGCACAGGGGCGAGGAUUCCACUCUGUCCCGCGUGGAGGAGGUGCUGGUGAACGAUGGAGACUGGCAUCAUCUGCAGCUGGACAUCAGCAGUCUGGGUGGAGCGGCGAGUCACCACAAAGCCGUCUUGUCUUUAGACCACGGACUCUACCUGGCGAGUAUGCAGGUGGACGGGAAGCUGCAGGACUCCAAGCUGAAGACUGUGAGCGUCGGUGGCGUGGCAAGGCAUGAUGGGAAAGUUCAGCAUGGCUUCCGGGGCUGUAUACAGGGUCUGCGUGUUGGAGGGGCUCUGAGUCUGGCUCAGGCCCGGAAGGUGAACGUGGAGCCGGGCUGCAGCGUGCCCGACCCCUGCAUCUCCAGCCCCUGUCCUGUCAACAGCUACUGCAGCGACGACUGGGACAGCCACUCCUGCACCUGCCUCAAUGGCUUCUACGGCACCAACUGCACUGACGUGUGUUCGUUGAAUCCCUGUGAACACCAGUCGAAGUGCACCAGGAAACAGAGCUCCUCUCGGGGUUACACCUGUGACUGUCCCAGCAGCUACUUCGGCCACUACUGCGAGAAAAAGACGGACUUACCGUGUCCAAGAGGCUGGUGGGGUCACAAGACCUGUGGACCCUGCAACUGUCCCACAGACAAAGGUUUUGACUCUGACUGUAACAAGACCAGUGGAGAGUGUCGCUGUAAGGACAACCACUACCGCCCGGACAGCAGCGACACCUGCCUGCUGUGUGACUGCUACCCGGUCGGCUCCUUCUCCAGAGCCUGCGACCGAGAGAGCGGCCAGUGCCAGUGUAAACCCGGCGUGAUCGGACGCCAGUGUGACCGCUGCGACAACCCCUUCGCUGAGGUUUCUCCUAACGGCUGUGAAGUGAUCUAUGACAGCUGCCCUCAGGCCAUCGAGGCUGGGAUCUGGUGGCCCAGGACGAAGUUUGGUCUCCCGGCAGCGGUUCCCUGUCCCAAGGGAACGCUCGGCACCGCGGUCCGACACUGUGAUGAGCACAAGGGAUGGCUGCCUCCCAAUCUCUUCAACUGCACCUCUGUUACCUUCAGCAAGCUGAAAACUCUGUCUGAGAAGUUUGCCCGUAACGCUUCGCUCCUGGACUCCGGACGUGUCCAGCAGACGGCGGCCAUGUUGGCCAACGCCACGCUGCACACGGAGAAAUACUACGGCAGCGACGUGAAAGUGGCGUACCGACUCACUCAGAGUCUGCUGCAGCAUGAGAGCAGCCAGCAGGGCUUCAACCUCACCGCCACACAGGACGUCCACUUCACCGAGAAUCUGGUUCGUGUGGGCAGCGCCAUCCUGUCUCCAGACACACGGCCGCACUGGGAGCUGAUCCAGCACUCGGAGGGCGGCACGGCGCUGCUGCUGCGACAGUACGAGGAAUACGCAAACACGCUGGCACAGAACAUGAGGAAGACGUAUCUCAGCCCCUUCACCAUCGUCACGCCACACAUCGUCAUCUCUGUCGACCGUCUGAAGAAGAUGAAUUUCGCUGGUGCCAAACUCCCGCGGUACCAGAGCCUGAGGGGCCCUCGACCCGCGGACCUGGAGACGGCCGUCACGCUGCCAGAUUCCGUCUUCCUGCCACCUGUGGACCCCAAAGGUCACAGACACUUGGACAUCUUCCCAGAGUCCUCGCUGAGUAACCGCUCAGCCAACAGGAAGAGACGCCACCCCGAGGACAGCCAGCAGGACGCCAUCGCCAGCGUGAUCAUCUUCCACAGCCUGGCCGCGCUGUUACCAGAGAACUACGAUCCCGACAAGAGGAGCCUGCGAGUUCCAAAGCGUCCGGUCAUCAACACGCCGGUGGUGAGCAUCACGGUGCACGACAACGACGAGCUGCUGCAGCACACGCUGGACAAACCCAUCACCGUGCAGUUCCGCCUGGUCGCCACUGAGGAGCGCUCCAAACCCAUCUGUGUCUUCUGGAACCACAGCAUCCUUGCUGGAAGCGGCGGCUGGUCAGCGAAGGGCUGCGAGGUGGUUUUCAGAAACAACACCCACAUCAGCUGUCAGUGUUAUCACAUGACCAGCUUUGCUGUGCUCAUGGACGUCUCCAGGAGAGAAAACGGAGAAAUCCUGCCAAUCAAAAUCCUGACGUGGAGCACAGUGGGCGUGACCCUGGGGUUCCUCUUCCUCACCAACGUCUUCCUCCUGUGUCUGAGAGCCAUGCAGUGCAACAAGACGAGUAUCAUCAACAAUGGGACCACCGCACUCUUCCUCUCUGAGCUGAUCUUCAUCCUGGGCAUCAACCAGGCCGACAACCUGUUCCUGUGCACAGUCAUCGCCAUCCUGCUGCACUUCUUCUACCUGUGCACCUUCUCCUGGCUCUUCCUGGAGGGGCUGCACGUCUACCGCAUGAUCAGCGAAGUGCGAGACAUCAACUACGGACCCAUGAGGUUUUACUACCUGAUCGGCUGGGGAGUCCCUGCCUUCGUCACAGGCUUGGCGGUGGGACUGGACCCUGAAGGCUACGGGAACCCAGACUUCUGUUGGUUGUCGAUGUACGACACUCUCAUCUGGAGCUUAGCUGGACCCAUCGCCAUGGUGGUGUCGAUGAACAUCUUCCUGUACAUCCUGUCGUCCAGAGCCUCCUGCUCUCCGAGACACCACAGCAUCGAGAAGAAGGAGCCUCGUGUCUCUGGCCUGAAGACGUCAGGUGGCGUCCUCCUCCUGGUGUCAGUCACGUGUUUCCUGGCUCUCCUGUCGGUCAACAGCGACAUGAUCAUCUUCCACUACCUGUUCGCUGGGUUCAACUGUGUGCAGGGCCCAUUUGUGUUCUUCUUCCGCAUCGUCUUCAACAAGGAAGCGAGGAAUGCUAUGAAGUACUGCUGCAGCCGCAAGCGCCCGGAUCAUAUGAUCAAGUCGAAGGCGUCUGGCUACAAGUGCAACACCAACUACAUGGAUGGGAGGUUGUACCAUCUUCCCUUCGGAGACUCCAGUGUGUCUCUGAACGGCACCAUGCAGAGCGGCAAGAGUCAGCAGAGCUACGUGCCGUUUGUGCUCCGGGACGACGGGUUAAGUAACAGUCAGGCGCACAUCGCUCUGAACGACCACAGCUCGCUCUUCCACGAAACUAAAGUGCACGAUGAUCACGACAGCGACUCGGACAGCGACCUGUCUCUGGAGGACGAUCAGAGCGGCUCCUACGCCUCCACGCACUCCUCUGACAGCGAGGACGAGGAGGGACCCCUCCCCCCAGAUGAAUGCUGGGAGAACCUGGCGUCCAAUGGGACCAAGAGACCUCAUCCACACGACAACAGCUUGAGUAAGAUGUUGUGGCCUGGAGAUUACCCAGCUGCGAUUGACGGCGAGCUCACAGACAGACUGAAGACAGAAACCAAUCACGAUCCGGGGGCGUUACCAGACAAGCGGACACAGGAGAACAUGACCAUGUUUCUGCCCAGUCUGCACAACUUCCACUCCCAUCCACACAAAGGGAUCUUAAAGAAGAAGCAGCUCUCUCCUAUCGUAGAGAGGAACAGUCUCCAUCGCAUCCACAACGAACUGUGUGGAAACGGCCCCGGCACGGCGUCCCCCCCGGGCUCGGCCUCGGGCGACAGUAGGAGCGGCCUGUCCAAACCCAGCCGGCCUGAGCAGCUGAACGGUGUCGCCAUGAGCAUCAAGGCGGGGACGGUGGACGGAGACUCGUCAGGAUCAGACAGCCACUGCAACACCACCAUGUGA